UUGAAACACUUUUUUUUUUUUUUUUUGAAACACUAAAGGAAAGCUCAAACUAUCUACCGUUAAAAAUGACAAUAUAUACACAUACAAGAAACUAAGAAAAUUAGUAGCCGCGAAUCACCGUCCCUGCGUUAGUGACAUGGUGUUUGUCUAUACCGGGAUGGAUAAUAUAACAUCUAAUCCUACGAUGACAUGUUGUGGUCAUAUAGGAAUGGAUGGUAACAUAUAAUCCUACGUUGAUUUUGUUUUAUUCAUUAUGAAGUAUUUUUUUGUUUGUUGAAUAUCUAUAAAAUUGUAUUGUCUCCUACAAGACGUUACUUAGGCUACUAUCAUUUUAUGAUUUAUCUAACGCAUCCCAAACCUUUUUCAUUGUUGACAACAUGUGAAAUUGUGUUACUUGCGUAAGUCGUUUUAUUAAUGGGAUGAAGCUAAGAUGGAAUUUCUUGCUUAGUUACCAAAACAGAACAACCAUCGAAGAGUAGUUCAACUAAUACAAUCCAAGACGAGCUAUGUACCACGCUCCUCUGUAGUUUGUACAAGUGAACGCAUCCCAUUGGCCAAUUUCAUUAACCACCAACGACCCUAUAUUAACGGAAAAUAACAUAACUACUUAUUAGUAGUUAACCUAUACACACUUCCUUCGUUCCCUCCACUUUUGUCUACCUAUAAAACGCACUUGCUUACCACAAAAUACAAGACAAUUUAAACAAAAGAACCCACACACUUUCUUACUUUAAAACAAUAGAAGCAAAGCUUGAUCGAUCAACAAUGUCGAAAAUUAAGGUUAUAAUCGCCCUGGCUUUACUCGCAGUGCUAGCUUUUCCGGUUAGCAGCCAACAACCGCCGCUUAGCCAAUGUACUCCGUCUAUGGUGACUACAGUUGGUCCUUGUAUGAGCUUCUUAACCAACAGCACCAGCAACGGAACUUCACCGUCGUCUGAUUGUUGUAACUCGCUGAGGUCUUUAACAACCGGAGGAAUGGGAUGUCUCUGUCUUAUUGUAACCGGAAGUGUUCCUUUUAAUAUUCCUAUUAACCGUACAACCGCCGUCUCUCUUCCCCGUGCUUGUAACAUGCCUAGAGUCCCUCUUCAAUGCAAAGCCAAUAUUGCUCCAGCUGCUGCUCCUGGACCUGCUGGUACAUUUGGACCGGCGAUGUCUCCAGGUCCAGCAACAACUCCAAUUGUCCCAGAACCGACCCCAGCAGCUCAGACACCACAGUCCGAUGCAACUCAGCCUUUUACACCAACCGUGGACACUGCGGGUCCUACGGCUGGCGACGGAGGAAGCACCAGUCGACCUUCUCUCACUUCUUCAUCCGCCUACGCCCUCUCACCAUCGCUUCUCUUCUUUGGCAUCAGCCUCGUAGUUCUCAAAUUCUAUUGAUUUUGCUUUUUCUAUGUGAUUUGAUUAAUGCGUUGUAGAAUUAUAAGUUUAUAUUUGUUCUCGUUUGCUUGAUGAUUAAUGUUGAUUCUCAAA